AUGCAAAAAGAUAGACGACGCUCGAGUGAUUCGCGAACAAAUGGCUUCCAAGCUACGGAAACUGCAACAACCAAUGGUCGAUGGAAGCGAAUCAGGAAGGCUUGUGUAUCUGGUCAACUAACUGGCAUCAGCUAUGUGGCAUCCCCUUCAGGACGGAAACGUCGAAACGCUUUGGCCGAUACGAGUGCUGUUUCAACAACGAACAAUGAAAAAAGCCAGAAACAGCAAUUUCUACAAUUAGUUGAACGUAUACGUGAACUCGAACAUGAAAUUGCUCCAGAAUUACAUUUAUAUCAAGGAUCAUUAUCGCAUGGCUCGAAUCGAUCACCGUUUUCAUCUGUACCUACACCAACUUCUGCAACAACAGCAGCAUCUUAUCCUUCAUUCAGUACAUUGCUACAACAGUCAAGUGCUUCAACAUCAUCGUCAUCUCGAAAUGUUUUAUCACCACGAAUGAUUGAAAAAGCGCAUCAGAUUCCUGAACGAUUUUGGAUGGAUUGGUACGAGAAGCAAAUGCAAGAGAAAAUUGCUGACCUUGAAUAUAUCCGCGAAAAUUUAGGCUGUAGUCCUCAUUCGUCGCUGCUUUCGGAGUCAAUUAAUGAAGAUAAUUAUACUGAUCAGCAGCAGAGCGAUAGAAAACGAAAAAGCAUUCUAUUUCUUCAUGAAGCACAACGAUUAGCAAACAAACGACGAAAUUUACUAGGAGGUUCAAAUACAGUCGUAGAAAAAAAUUGCACAGUAGCGGAGAAUGGUGUAAUGAUAAAUAAUGAAUUUUCUCCCAUAAAAGAACGAUGUUUAAAUAAUAUAGACAAAUUAUUAGUAGAAGGAGAUUCAAUCCAUAUGACAGUGGAUAACGAUGAUGAAUUUUGUUUUGAGCACCGGUCAGAUACAUCAUCCGAAAUUUCAUCAGAAGAAGAUGAUGAACAAGCUCUCGACGAAGAUGAUACAUUAUCAGCGAACGUCAUCCCAGAAGAAAAACGCAUAGAUUUGGAUGCAGAUCAAUUAGUAGAGCAAGAGCCGUGUUCGUCAAAUGUUGAUACUUGUCUCAAUAAACCAAAUGCAAUCGAACAUGUGUCAUUAGAUCGUUCACGUUUAUCGAUUUCCUUACCAUUCACAUACACGGAAUGUCGGUCAAAGUUGCCAAACUCUGCAAAAAAACAUCGACAAAUAGUCAAAAACUGUACAACAAUUGAUCAUCCGACUUAUUUAGAAAACGUGUCAGAAUGCAGUGAAUCAUCUACACAAGAGAAAUUGUCGAGAGAUAUUUCUAUCCCUGAAGAUAAUAGAUCAGAUUCUAGUACAGACGAUAUUGCUGAAAUUAAAAAUAAUUUGGAUAUAAUGAGUAUAUCUUUACAAGGAAAAAUGCAGCGUGGUUUAGAAACGCUUUAUACAAAAUCGGUUUUGAACACAACAGUUGAGUUUGGCAAAUCACAGCUUUCAAAUACGACUGAGAGUCGAGACAAACCGAAUGAUAAUAAACAAUUUCUGUACGUGGAUAUUACUCAAUUUCUAGACAAAACUUCUCAUGUCACAAAUCAUCAAGUUUAUGAGCUGAUCACAGAACGAAAAUCUAUUUCAUCUGCUUCGGCACUGGAAAAGUCAACGCUCACUAAUGACAACAGCAUUGAUCGUCUUGGUCGAUCAAACGAAAGAAAAAGCUCAUCUAUGAUUAUACCACAAGAACGUUUAGUUGAUGUGGCUCAGGAUACCUCAACGAUACCAUCCGUGAUUGUUUCAAAAUGUUCUUCUCCUUCUUGUGAACAAAUUUGUUUGGAUCGUUCUUUGAAUAAUUUAUGUACAAAUUCUUCAAACACAGACGAUUGUUCAGAUAUUAACAUUGAACUAGACCAAAACUCGACAGUGACAACGACUAGUUGUCAGACUGACUUAUUAUCUUGUUGUCAUUUAUUGCAAACAUUAUUUCCACCACUAAACUAUAUUCAAAGUCAUUAUCAAAAAUCAACGUUCAUUAUUUAUUCACAUCGAGCACACACAUGUGAUCAUCAUCGGCAUAAAACACGCAAGGUUUUAAUAAAAACGCAACAAAAAGCACCAUUAUCGCUGGCAUACAUCGUUUAUUAUAUUACUGAAAAAGAAGCAUCAGGAACAGAAGAAGAAACGAAAAAAAAACCUGGAGCAACAGAACACAGUCACCAUUUGGAAAAUACUAAAUAUAGAAAUAAAAAUUAUUAUGAAAUCAAUGAUGUUGAAAUAUAUCGACAACCGCAACAAGCAUAUGAUAGAAAUAUUAUUUCUCCUUUUAUAAAACAACGGUCACAACUAUCAUUUCAACUCUGUAAGAAGAAAAAUGCUGAAACAACAACAGCAAGAACGUAUUCCAAUGUUAAGACACAAAUACAGGCCGCUGAACAAAUCAACGUAAAAUGUAAAGAACGAAAUUUUACUAAAAAUCGAACAACGAAUCUGAAAAUGGACACCGAUGAAACACAGAAUCGUUUAGCAGAACAUGUUUUGUCGUCAAAUCGUAAAACAAAAUUGAAACGAUUUCGCGUUUGUUUGCGUCGUCGUGCAACAAGAAGAUUUCAUAAAAGAAGAAAUAUUUCUACUUCAGAAGAAUCUCUGACUACUGAAAAUAAUGAAAUUCAUCAGUUAACCAAUCUUAUUGAAAGUCAAAUAAGCAUGAGAAAUGCUAAACACAGAAAACGACAUAUUAUAGUAAUCAAUUAUAAACCGGUAUUUUUUAAUACACCAGAAGGAUCGAAAAAAGAUCAAAAAUUAUCCCAAUCCCUGCCAACUAAAUUAUUUCAGACUGAAGUCAAUGAAUUGAAACGCUCAAGUACGUUGCCUUCAGUGACACUACCGCGUAGCGGUAUAGUAUCUCCAACGGAUGAAGAUUUAUCAUCGGAGAUCAAAAAUCCUCCAAAACGUCGACGAAGUCGAACAGGUCUCACCACAAGUUCAGAUACAUCAUUACAACAACAAUCUCAUUCCUUUGAUCUUCCAGAUGUAGAUGAUCCACGCCUCUUUAUCGAUAUGAUAUAUACACAAAUAUUUGAUGAGACUGGUAAACUUCGACAAGAAGUUGUGCAGGAACCAGAGGAAGUGAUUGAUUACGUAAGACAAUGUGUUGAUGGUUAUAGACGAAACUCAAUGAAACGAGAUUCAAUCACGUCGUUUUGCUCAAAUAAAUCGACAACAUCAUCUUACAGAAAACAUUCAUUAUUACGACGAUCAAAAAAUAAAGAAUAUGUUACGUGGAGUGAAGAAGAAGAACAACAACAACAAACACCUUUACAAAAUAGAUUAGCAUCAAAUUCAAGAAGAAACUCUUCAUUGUCCAAACGAUUUAGUAUUAAAUUUGAUGAUGGACAAUUUCUACCAUCAGUAGAUAGUUAUAAACAACAACACCAAAGUCUUUUUAAUCAACAACGAAAUAGCAAUGCACAAGGUACCCGCUGUUCAAUGGAUGACACAGACAAUGAUGAAGACACAUUUUUCGAUUUGCAUAAUCAAAGCGUUGCAUCUGAUCUCAAAUUGAAAUCAAUUCGUACGAAUUAUCCUCAAUUCAAUGAUUCUGGUUAUCAAUCGUUUGAACGCUCACCAAGAUCCUUCUUCGAUGGUAAUUCCAAUCGAACACCUGAUAAAAUCGAAAAUCUAUAUUUAGAAAGUAAUCGUCAACAUCGCCUAUCUAAAUCAAAAUCCGAUGGAAGUUUGGCUAUUCCAUUUAAGCAAGAUGCAAAACAUGAUUUAUGUUCAAAUUGCAGCGCAAUGACUUACAAGAAAACGAACGAUGAUAAAAAUCACUUAUCAUCUCCACAGGUAAUCAUGAUGUCACCAGUUACUGCUUUACGACAUCGUUUACCAACAAUGGCAACAAUAAUGAGAUAUAUUUCUUACAUAAUCAUAUCGAAACAUGUGAUGCUUUUACCACUGUUGUUAUUCAUGAUAAGACAACGAAAUUCUGAUCAGUGA